UUGGACAUUUGGACAUGGGGACUUAUGGAGACUGACUCACUUCUGGAGCCAGCCUCAGGUGGACGUUAGAGGAACUGCAGUUUGUGGCUGUGUUUGGCUUCAACUCCAACGUUUUAUCCCCUUCGUCUGUCAGCAGGUCAGAGGUCAAACCGAUUCCCAUCAACCCACCAGAAGCUGACCCAGUCACCAGUAAACUACCACCAGCAAUCGUCUCCGACAUCUGUGCACCUGAUUCAACCGCUAACGGUGACAUCUCAAACAUGGCUGACCCCGCCACCGACGACAACAAGUACCUCUUCCUGCAAAAUGACUUUCAAAACAGCGGCGUGGCACAAGCCGAUUGGUCGGCUAAGAAGAUGGUGUGGGUGCCGUCAGAGAGGGACGGCUUCGAGCCGGCCAGCUUAAAGGAGGAGAAGGGUGAUCAGGUAAUCUGAGUGUCUGGGCUGUUGUAGUCACAUGACUUUUUAAUUGUACUUUUAAUGGAUGAUAUGGAAGUUCCAUGAUGCCGAGCCUCAAGUUGUAAAUACUGAGAUUUGCAUUUAUGGAAGAACCUUUACUGUAAAAUGAUGGUCUUCAAAGAUGACACAGAGCUGUUAUUAAUAUCAUAAAUGUGUUUUUGGCUGCAGGUUAUCGUGGAGUUCUCCAACGGUCAGAAGAUGACGGUGAACAAAGACGACAUCCAGAAGAUGAACCCGCCCAAGUUCAGCAAGGUGGAGGACAUGGCCGCCCUCACCUUCCUCAACGAAGCCUCCGUCCUUCACAACCUGCGAGAGAGAUACUUCUCCAGCCUGAUCUACACGUACUCAGGUCUGUUCUGCGUGGUGGUCAAUCCCUACAAGAUGCUCCCCAUCUACUCUGAAAAGAUCAUCGAAAUGUAUAAAGGCAAGAAACGUCACGAGGUGCCACCACACAUCUACUCCAUCACAGACAACGCCUACAGGAACAUGAUGCAAGACCGCGAGGAUCAGUCCAUCCUCUGCACAGGUGAGUCUGGAGCCGGAAAGACAGAAAACACCAAGAAGGUGAUUCAGUACCUGGCUGUCAUCGCCUCCUCACACAAGGGCAAGAAAGACGUAAAUCCUCAGCAACAGGGAGGCUCUCUGGCCUUUGGGGAGCUUGAGAAGCAGCUGCUGCAGGCGAAUCCCAUCCUGGAGGCAUUUGGAAACGCCAAAACCAUCAAGAACGACAACUCCUCACGAUUUGGCAAGUUCAUCAAGCUCAACUUUGAUGUGACCGGCUUCAUUGUUGGGGCCUAUAUUGAUACCUACCUGCUUGAGAAGUCUCGCUGUAUUCGUCAAGCCAACACCGAGAGAGCCUUUCACAUCUUCUACUACAUGGUGGCAGGAGCCAAAGACAAGCUGAGGGAGGAUCUUCUUCUGGAGAACUGGAGCUCCUAUCGCUUCCUGUUGGCUGGUCACGUGGAGAUCCCUGGUCAGCAGGACGACGUGAUGUUCGAGGAGACUCUGGAGGCCAUGGCGAUCAUGGGCUUCACUGAGGACGAGAGAAUAGGGAUGUUGAAGGUGGUGUCCACUGUCCUCCAGCUGGGCAACAUCAAGUUUGACAAGGAGAGGAACAGCGAGCAGGCGAACAUGCCUGACAACACCGCUGCCCAGAAGGUGUGUCACCUGCAGGGCAUCAACGUCACCGACUUCACCCGCGCCAUCCUCACCCCGAGAAUCAAAGUGGGCAGGGAGGUGGUGCAGAAGGCGCAAACCAAGCAGCAGGCUGAUUUUGCGGUGGAGGCUCUGGCUAAGGCGAUGUACGACCGCCUGUUUCGUUGGAUCCUGGCCAGAGUCAACAAGACGCUGGACAAGAGUAAGAGGCAGUCGUCCUCUUUCCUGGGAAUCCUCGACAUUGCUGGCUUUGAGAUUUUUGAGGACAACUCCUUCGAGCAGCUCUGCAUCAAUUACACCAAUGAGCGUCUACAGCAGCUCUUCAACCACACCAUGUUCAUCAUGGAGCAGGAGGAGUACAAAAGAGAGGGCAUCGAGUGGAACUUCAUCGACUUCGGCCUCGACCUGCUGCCCUGCAUCGAGCUCAUCGAGAAGCCGAAUAACCCUCCAGGCAUCCUGGCCCUGCUGGACGAGGAGUGUUGGUUCCCCAAAGCCACUGACGUUACCUUCGUGGAGAAGCUGAUGAACACCCACAACGGUCACAUGAAGUUCUCCAAACCCAAACAGCACAAAGAUAAAAUGAUGUUCAGUGUUCUGCACUACGCUGGGAAGGUCGACUAUAAUGCAGAUAACUGGUUGACAAAGAACAUGGAUCCUCUGAACGACAAUGUGACCGCUCUGCUCAACAACUCCUCCAGCACCUUCAUCCAGGAUCUGUGGAAAGACGUGGAUCGAGUGGUCGGUCUGGAGACCAUGACCAAGAUGUCAGAGAGUUCAGUACCCACUAAAUCCAAGAAGGGCAUGUUCCGCACCGUGGGUCAGCUGUACAAGGAGUCGCUCAGCAAACUGAUGACCACGCUGCACAACACCCAGCCCAACUUUGUCCGCUGCAUCAUCCCAAACCACGAGAAGAGGUCGGGGAAGAUGGACUCCAACCUGGUGCUGGAGCAGCUCAGGUGUAAUGGCGUGCUGGAAGGUAUCCGGAUCUGCAGACAGGGAUUCCCGAACCGCAUCGUGUUCCAGGAGUUCAGACAGAGAUACGAGAUUCUGGCUGCUAGUGCCAUCCCUAAAGGCUUCAUGGACGGGAAGCAGGCGUGCUGUCUGAUGGUAAAACAUCUGGAUCUGGAUCCAAACCUGUAUCGUAUCGGUCAAAGUAAGAUGUUCUUCAGGACAGGAGUCUUGGCUCAGCUAGAGGAGGAGAGAGACCUCAAACUGACCGUUGUCAUCAUCGCCUUCCAAGGACAAGCCAGAGGCUUCCUGGGCCGCAAGGCGUUCAGUAAACGUCAGCAGCAACUCACCGCUAUGAAGGUCAUCCAGAGGAACUGCGCCUGUUACCUCAAACUCAAGAACUGGCAGUGGUGGAGGCUCUUCACCAAGGUGAAGCCCUUGCUGCAGGUCACCAGACAAGACGAAGAAAUGGGUCAGAAAGAGGAAGAACUGAAGGCAGUGAAAGCGGCGGCAGCGAAGGCCGAGGCCGAGCUGAAGGACAUCUCCCAGAAACACAGCCAGCUGAUGGAGGAGCGAGCCCAGCUGGAGAUGAAGCUCCAGACAGAGACUGAGCUGUACGCCGAGGCUGAAGAGAUGAGGGUUCGACUGGAGGCCAAGAAGCAGGAGCUGGAGGAGGUGCUGCACGAGAUGGAGGCCCGGCUUGAGGAGGAGGAGGAGCGCAGCCUUUCUCUGCAGCAGGAGAAGAAGGAAAUGGAGGAGACGCUGCAGCUGAUGGAUGCCCGCAUAGCAGAGGAAGAAGAUGCUCGUCAGAAGCUGCAGCUGGAGAAAGUAUCUGUGGAGGGAAAAGUGAAGAAACUGGAGGAGGACGUUCUGCUCAUGGAGGACCAGAACAACAAGCUGCAAAAGGAACGAAAGCUUCUGGAGGAGAGGAUGGCUGAUCUGAGCUCCAACCUGGCAGAGGAAGAGGAGAAGUCCAAGAACCUAACGAAACUCAAGAACAAACACGAGUCAAUGAUCUCCGACCUCGAGGUGCGUAUGAAGAAGGAGGAGAAAGGUCGUCAAGACGUGGAGAAAGCCAAGAGGAAGGUGGAGGCGGAAAUGGCCGACCUCCAGGAGCAGCACGCCGACCUGCAGGCCCAGCUAGCCGAGCUCCGAGCCCAGCUAGCCGCCAAGGAGGAGGAGCUCCAGGCCAUGCAGGCCCACUUAGAGGAGGAGAGCAGGCAGCGUGGGGCUGCGGUGAAGCGGAUCCGGGAGAUGGAGGUUCUACUUUCAGAGCUGCAGGAGGACCUGGAGGCGGAGAGGGCGGCCAGGGGGAAGGUGGAGGCGGCUCGGCGGGAUCUCGGAGAGGAGCUGAACGCUCUUCGCAGCGAGCUGGAGGACAGCCUGGAUACCACGGCCGCCCAGCAAGAGCUACGGGCGAAGCGUGAACAGGAAGUGGCCAUGCUGAAGAAAGCCAUGGAGGACGAAGGAAGGAGCCACGAGGCCCAAAUCCAAGACCUGAGACAGAAACACAGCCAGGCGGUGGAGGAGCUCAGUGAGCAGCUGGAGCAGGCCAAGAGAGUUCGAGCUGGUCUGGAGAAAGCCAAGCAGGCUCUGGAGAAGGAGUCGGCAGAUCUGAGCGCCGACCUGAGAUACGUCGCCAGCGCCAAACAGGACGUGGAGCACAAGAAGAAGAAGGUGGAGGGUCAGCUGAACGACCUGAACUCACGCUUCAACGAGAGCGAGCGGCAGAGGACCGAGCUUGCGGAGCGAGUCUCCAAGAUGACGGUGGAUCUGGACAGUGUGACGAGUCUGUUGAACGAGGCCGAGGGGAAGAACAUCAAGCUGAGUAAAGAUGUCUCCACUAUGAACUCCCAGCUCCAUGAUGCUCAGGAGCAACUGUCAGAAGAAACCCGUCAGAAGCUGAAUGUGUCUGGACGUCUCCGUCAGAUGGAGGAUGACAGGAACAACCUGAUGGAGCAGCUGGAGGAGGAGACCGAGGCCAAACGGGCGGUGGAGAGGCAGAUCUCCAGCCUCAACAUGCAGCUGUCUGACUACAAGAAGAAGCUUGACGAGACGUCUGGGACGGUGGAGCUGCUGGAGGAGGCCAAGAAGAGACUUCAGCGCGAUCUCGAAGCUGCCAACAGUGAGUAUGAGGAGAAGGCCACGGCCUACGACAAGCUGGAGAAGAGUCGGAUGCGACUGCACCAGGAGCUGGAAGACGUCCUGAUGGACCUGGACAGUCAGCGGCAGCUCGUGUCCAACUUGGAGAAGAAGCAGAAGAAGUUUGAUCAGAUGUUGGCAGAGGAGCGAGCAGUGUCCUCUAAGUUCGCAGAUGAGCGUGAUCGAGCGGAGGCGGAGGCGAGGGAGAAGGAGACGCGACUGUUAGCUCUGGGCAGAGCGCUGGACGAGAACCAGGGCGCUCUGGAGGAGGCGGAGAAGACCUUGAAGACCCUCCGAGCCGAGAUGGAGGACCUCAUCAGCUCCAAGGACGACGUGGGGAAGAACGUCCACGACCUGGAGAAGGCCAAGCGUGGCCUGGAGGCCAUCGUGGAGGAGAUGAGAAUGCAGAUGGAGGAGCUGGAGGACGAGCUGCAGGUCGCAGAGGAUGCCAAACUACGUCUGGAGGUCAACAGUCAAGCGCUCAGAGCUCAGCAUGAGCGGGAGCUCCACGCCCGCGACGAGAUGGGCGAGGAGAAGAGGAAGCAGCUCUUCAGACAGGUGCGUGAGCUGGAGGCGGAGCUGGAGGAGGAGAGACGGCAGCGGGGUCAAGCAUCCGGCAGCAAGAAGAAGCUGGAGGGGGAGCUGAAGGACAUGGAGGACCAGCUGGAGGCCACGAGCAGGGGGCGCGACGACGCCGUCAAGCAGCUCCGCAAGAUCCAGGGCCAGGUGAAGGAGCUCCAGAGGGAGCUGGACGACUCCCGUGCGGCCCAGAAGGAGGUCCUGAACUCAGCCAGAGAGUCUGAGCGCCGGUCCAAGGCGAUGGAGGCCGACAUCGUCCAGCUGCAUGAGAUGCUGGCAGCAGCUGAGCGAGCUCGUAAACAGGCAGAGACGGAAAGAGACGAACUGUCCGAAGAACUGACCAGUAACUCCUCUGGAAGAUCGCUGGUGUCGGAUGAGAAGCGUCGUCUGGACACUAAGAUCAGCCUGCUGGAGGAGGAGCUGGAGGAGGAGCAGGCUAACGUGGAGAGCCUCAACGAGCGGCUGAGGAAGAGCCAGCAGCUGGUGGAUCAGCUGAGCGUCGAGCUGGCUUCAGAGCAGUCCUCCUCUCAGAUCAGGGAGGGAUCCCGGCAGCAGCUGGAGAGACAAAACCGGGAGCUGAAGGCCAAAGUUCAGGAGGCCGAAGGUCAGAGCCGCUCCAGGCUCAAGUCCUCCAUCGCCGCCCUGGAGGCCAAACUGAGGGAGGCUGAGGAGCAGCUGGAGGUGGAGAGCAGAGAGCGUCAGACCAGCGCCAAGAAUAUGCGCCAGAAGGAGAAGAAGCUGAAGGACUACACCUUCCAGCUGGAGGACGAGAGGAAGCAGGCGCAGCAGUACAGAGAGCAGGCGGAGAAGGGCAGCGUGCGGGUGAAGCAGCUGAAGCAUCAGCUGGAGGAGGUGGAGGAGGAGGCUCAGCGUGUCGCUGCGGCUCGCAGGAAACUGCAGAGGGAGCUGGAGGAGGCGAGCGAGGCCAACGACUCCCUGAACAGAGAGGUGUCUUCACUCCGGAGCAAGCUGAGGCGUGGUGGCGGCGGCGGCGGGGAGGUGGCGUUCGGCAGCUCCAGUCCACGGAGCGGAGGCAGCAGCUUCAGGAGCUACGGGAGCGUCAGCCGGAGGAGCACCUUCAGAGAGAACUCAGCCGAGCUUCAGGAGGAGGACCAUCGCGCCCCGUCUCCUCCGGCCUUCACCUCCUCUCUGGAGGCUGACAAUCCCGACGAGUAAUUUGAAUUUUAAUGAUCAGAGUUUCAGUUUUAGAAAUACUGGCAGCUUCAGUCAGUAACAGGCCAAACGUUUCUGCUUCUUUCUUGUCAUAGCUCACUUUUGUUUUCACAGCAGCCGCGUCCUCAUGAUGUCAUCCCAUCAUGUGACUGUCCACAUUAUUCAGUUUCAUUUGGGGAAAUAAAUCUAAUUAUUUAAGGAAAUAAUUAUCAUGUAAUUCACACAAAAAAACAAACAAACAUCUGGAAUCAGAUUCACAGCUCAAACUUUUAAAGGUUUUGUGACGUGAAGCAACAAAAAAAAACUUAUUUUCAAUGUUUAUGGAUCAUCAUGACAUUUUCUGUUAAUUUAAUAUAUAUUCAUAUUUAUUUAUAUUCCAGGUAUUUUAAAUAAUUCCCACAUAUGAAGUCUGUUUAUUUCCAGAAUCCUAAAAUACUUUUCCAACAUGUUUCUGAAGCUGCGACCUGCCAGAAAAAUCAUCCGUCUUUUAUCACCGUUUUUGUAUAAAAAUAUCAAAUAUCGGAAAGAAACACCAACAUGUAUCAGUCUGUCUGUGAAGGAGUAUUUCUCUACCAUCGUUCACACCUGGAUCGUUAGUGCUUCUUGUUGUCGUGACGACUAACGUCUGACUCGUUAUGGCCACCUGCGCUCAGGUGUGAACGACGGUAGCUGGAGUCACGUGACGUCUCAGGCGGCCUCGUCCUCUGUUGACGGAGUCUCUCUGAGAUUUAACGUUUAGUCCAUACAAAUAUAUUCUGAUUAAUGACGUAUUAUAUUAUAACAAUUAAAGCGACAACACUUUUCUUACCUUACCGUCAGUCACAACUUCAGAAACAUUAAAAAUCUUUGCAGCAGUUUAAAUAUUUUUUAUCCCAAGACUUCAGAUUCUGGAAAUAUCUUCAGUCUUAUAAAAUAUAUUUUAUUGACAGUCUGUAACCAUUUAAACCAAAUAUAUAACCUAUAAUGAAACGACGUCAGACUUUCUGCUUUGUGACUAUUAAACUGCUACUAAACCCUCACACACACGUGUCGACUCAUAUUCAGAGUUUUACACUUUCCAUCAUGA